AUGGACUCAGAUGACGAUGACUUGUACGAUGAGUUUGGCAAUUUCAUAGGAGAUGCCAAUGACUCUGAUUCUGGCUCAUCUGCCUCAGAGCUCGAUGAUCCUGCUGAAUAUGAAGAAAUAGAAGAGGAUGUCAUUGAGGAAAGUGAGGAGCCCGCAGAGCAGGCGUUAGUUCAGAAAGAAUUCGACCUGCGUUUUGCAGGAGCCGAGACGGUCGUUAUAGAUCCAAAUCAAGUGCCUGAAGAGCUGCCUGUCAUUCAGCCAGUCCUGCAAAAUAAACUACAUGUUGAAUUUAAGGCUGAGGCCGAAGAGGACCUACCGACUACAACAUACUCACGAGAGUAUAUGCUAAAACUUGCCAAUGACCUCCCAGAAAGAAUAAGAAACGUUGCCGUGGUGGGCAAUUUGCACUCCGGCAAAACAAGCUUUAUAGAUGCGCUUGUGCAAGAAACUCAUCCAGAGGUGACCAAUUCCAAGAGAAACCUCCAAGAAUUCAAACCAUUGCGGUACUUGGACACUCAUGUGCUUGAACGCAAACGUGGAAUGUCAAUCUUUGCACACCCGAUGACUCUUUUAUUGUCAGAUUUAGACGACAAAUCGUAUGUUGUCAACUUCCUAGAUUGCCCAGGCCAUCCUGACUUUGAUGAAGAAGUGCAAACUAUGCUUGAUGCUGCAGAGGGAGCUCUUUUGGUGAUUGACAUCGUCGAAGGGCUUACAAAGCGCGAUAAGCGUUAUAUCACGUCCCUUGUUAAACGAAACUUACCCCUAAUGGUCGUCUUCAAUAAAAUCGACCGUCUUAUCAUAGAGCAGCGUUUGCAACUAUCAGACUUCUACUUGAAGAUUCGGUAUGUCUUAGAUGACAUCAACGCUUGCAUCCACCAUAAUGAGUUUGCUCUGACCUAUUCCCAGAAAAAACUCAUCAGUCCUUUGGAGGACAAUGUCAUAUUCUCGUCGAACAACUUUCGUCUCUCAUUUACCCUCAAAUCUUUCAGUGACAGGUAUGCUAACGAGCUAAAUUCUUUUGGUAUCCCCAACUUGGAGAAGUUUUACGCUCUCCUUUGGGGUGACAUAUAUUACAUUGAGAAAACUCGAAAGUUCACCAAGGAUAAGAGGGCCGGGAAACGCACUUUCGAACACUUCAUUUUAGAGCCUAUCUACAAGCUCAUCACAUAUUCGAUUACCACCGAUAGUAAAAGCAAGGCUCUUCCCAAGCUUUUGUGGGAGAAUUUUGGACUAAAUCUUCCAAAGUCUUACUUUGAAAAAGAUCCACAAGAAAUUUUGCGAUUGGUACUCUCCGAAACCUUCGGCUCAUCCAAGGGGCUAGUUAGUCUGAUCGCAAGAAAUUUGCCACGGCCCUUGCUGUCUCAUCCGCGUUUUCCAAAUCUUUCGAAUAUACCCGACAACCUGGUAGUUGCAGAGGUCAUCAAAAUCUCCUCCUCUGCGGACUACAAGUCUCAAAGUGCUCUUGUGAAAAUUAUAAAAGGCACUUUAAAGACAGGAGAUAAGCUCAAGGUGGUCAGUGGUGGCUCCCUGGAGAACGAUGCUAAAUCACUCAUUGCUAAGAAUCUCCUGAUCCCGGCUGGUCGAUACAAGGUGAGAACUAAUGACGUCAAUGCGGGUAUGUUGACAUAUGUGUCCAUCGAUGAGUAUGAUGUGUCAAAAAGCGCCUCCCUUUUUGGUGAUGGUAUUGAAUCUAACUUAUUGCAACCGUUUCAUAGAAACAGUUCACAAGAGAGGUCUGUUUUCAAAGUUGCAGUGGAGCCCGAGAAACCUACAGAUUUGCCAAGGUUUGUCGAAGGUCUUAGAAAAUUAAGUGAAAUAUAUGGUGCAGCCGUUGUGAAACUUGAAGAUAGUGGUGAGCAUGUGGUUCUCGCUCCUGGUGAGCUCUAUUUGGACUGCUUCUUCCACGAUCUCAGACACUAUUCCGGGGACUAUCUUUCCAUCAAAAUUAGUGAUCCAAUGGUAAAGUUUAGUGAGACGUGCUGUGAACGUUCUGCCACUAAACUCGCGACCUAUGGGUCCUCCAAAAAGACUCAUAUUUCCAUCACAGCCGAGCCAAUGAAUGAUAAAAAUUUUAGCUCGGCGGUGCAAAAGGGCCUUAUUGAUCCAUUAGAGUCACAACGAAGCCUAGGUAAGACGCUCAGAAAUGACUACGGCUGGGAUGCAUUGGCUGCAAGAUCCUUAUGGGCUUUUGGACCAGAAGAUAAGCAAAUGCCUUCGGUUCUUCUUGAUGAUACCUUUGAUGGGGAGACUGAUAAGGAGCUUCUAAAAAACAACCAGGAGUCAAUUGGCAAAGGUUUCCAAUUUGGUAUUGAGGAGGGUCCACUAUGUGACGAGCCCAUAAGAAACACCAAAUUCAAGAUCCUUGAUGCGGUUCUCGCCAGUUCGGGUGUUCGAAGUCACGGAGCACAAACAAUAACAAUGACAAGAAAUGCAAUUCACACCGGUUUGCUUACGGCAGCUCCUCGCCUCCUCGAGCCUGUUUACCGUGUGAACAUCAUUUGCACCACCCGCAGUUUGCAAGCUACUCAAGUUAUCUUGGACAAAAGAAGAGGCUGGGUUGUGUCUGAAACAGCAAUCCCCGCAACCCAACUAUAUGAACUAGAAGGGUUUGUUCCAGUUCUAGAUGCCGUCGGGCUAGAUACUGACAUGAGACUUCAAACGCAAGGUCAAGCAAUGUGUUUAGUUGAGUUUGAUAGAUGGAAGACAGUUCCUGGCGACCCGCUUGACAAGACGGUACCAUUACCAUCACUCAAGCCAGUCCCAAGAGAAUCAAUGGCAAGAGAUUUUGUCAUGAAAACGAGGAAACGAAAGGGAUUAAGCGGAGAGCCAAACUUGCAAAAGUACAUCGAUCCAAGUUUGUACUCUCGCUUAAGAGAAAGCGGCAUCAUUGAUUGA